AUGGCACGCUCUCAUGAUCCUCCCAUACUAGGCCAGCUUCGGGCUGCCCGCACGACCACUGAGCAAGCCGCUGCGCUGAGGGCCCUGAAGAACGAUGCGGUUGGCCACGUCCAGAAAAAGGAGCAAUGGAUCGGCCUUGGGGUCUUGGAGCCAAUUGUCCGCACCAUUGAAGCCGACAAAGGCUCGUCAAAGCUGAAUGGGAAAUCAAAGCACAGGCGGUUUUCCUCGCGGCCUUUCACAGCUGAAGACGACGCGCAGCUUCAAGCUCUGCAGUGCUUGGCUAGCUUCGCCAAUGGGGGCCCCGCGUUUCUCGCACCCGUAGUUGCCAGCGACGCCUUACCAGAGGUUCUAGCAAAAAUAUGUCCUUAUGCGAAUCCGGGGAGAAUUGUUCUCGCGGCGCUGCGCGUUCUGGAAGGGGUCGUGGAGUCUUCGCUCCUGGCCACGCCCUCAUCACCGCACAAUACUCAAUUACUCGCCGAAGAGAUCCUGGUGGCGCCCUAUUUCGAAUCUUUCAACGCGAUCCUCACAGGAUCGACGGACAACCAUAUUAUUCAAGGACAGAUAGAAGCGGCCUGCAACUUGAUAUCGAAACUAUGCAAGGAAGAAAAACAGCAGCAAGCACUGACCAUGAGCGGCACAUUGGACGUUCUUGCUCUGCGCCUAGCGAGCUUUGCGGUCGCUGAUGGCUCAGCAGUCCCAGGCGCUGUCGAAGCAGCAAAGCGAGACGGGCUGUUCGAGGCUUUUCCCGCGGCAGCCCCGUUGAGCGCAAAGCUGGACCCGGUACUGCAAGCCAUUGCCGCCAUAGUCGGGGAGUCCAAGUACCGUGCAGUCCGCCUCACUCUUACGCCUGCGAUCCUGGCUGUCUUUCCUGUUCUUCCGUUCCCGGCCCCAAAGUGGUUGAACACAAGCCGAGCGCUGUUGGGUUACCCCGUCGAGGAUGACAGCGAGAAUAUGGAUUUGUCGCCUCUAGAAGGAGCCGUGGACAUUGCGAUUGGGACGCACACAAGUCAAGAUCAGCCGGAGAGCCCUCUCCUGCCGUGGCUAGUGCAUCUCGUGCGGUCUCGCCAAGAGGAGGAGCGGCUGGUGGCGGCAUCGCUACUUGCGCUGCUUUAUCGAGCAGGAUUGGGCAACUCAACUAUUCGAGAAGCGAGCAUUGGGCUGCUCGUUGUGCCACUUGUGGUCAACAUGAUUGCGAACGCCAUGGAGAAACCAGCAACAGUGGGAGUUGCAACACAAGCGAAGCAGCGUCAGAUCCUCGAGCAAGGUCCCGUGGUCCUGGCGCGGUUGAUUCUAGACUCGGAGCACUUGCAAAGGGUCGCCUCCAAAUGCAAAGCUGUGUCGGUACUCACAAGACUGCUAAAGUUGUCGUAUACCCCUCCCGAAGUUCUUCAAGAACCGGGCUUAUGGACACCUUACCCAGAUGGCGACAUGGACGUCGAGACUGACUCUCCGAAAACACAACUGGGAGACCAAGGGCAAGACCCUCGUAUUGCGCAUUUGAUCCGAAUUCGGGAGGGCGCGCUGAAAGCCGUUGCGGCACUGGCUUCAGGAAAGGAGGAGUAUCGUAAGGCGUUCAUUGCCGAAGACUUUCUGCCUUAUGUGACAGAGUCUUUGACUGAAUAUCCCCAGAAGCCACAGCCACCACCGUCAGCUGCGAAAGAUCAAGCCAAGCACAGCAACUCCGAAGGCUCGAGACGGGCGUCGACGAUUACGCCGGGAUACGGACGAAACUCUCUCGGCGUUCUCAUCGGUGCAUGCCAUGUGAUCAGAACAAUCUCUCGGUCCCUAAGCUCCCUGCGAACGGCGCUUGUGGAUCACGGAGUUGGUUUCCGUAUCCUCGAGUUGGUGAAGCAUCCACAGCUGUGCGUGGCCAUCCCGGCAACGGCGGCGAUCACAAACCUGGUUGUAGAUGCGAGCCCGGUCUGCGAGCCACUGGUCGAAGCCGGCGUCAUGGGCGUGCUGUGUGAACAUGCUCACGCCCAGGACCCUGAACUUCGACUCAGCGCCCUCUGGGCCCUCAAGCAUCUGGUUGAUGCACUGGGUCCCGACCGGAAGAAGGAGUGCCUCCGCGAGUUGCAGCCAGCGUGGCUGAUGGAGCUGAUUCACAACGACCCUGAUGACGACCUUUCCCGCUUCAACAACGACAACCGCGCACAGGCUGAGGACGAUAUGGAGGAGGAAGAAGACGAUGAUGAUGAAGAGGGGGAGGAGGGGGAGGAGGAGGAUGACGAAGAGGCCCGGAUGGGUCAUCAGCAUCGUUGGUUCAGUGGUGUCGACGGCGACUUUGUGGUGCUUGAUGCCUCGGGAUCUUCUCGGAUGCGCGCGGCGGAAGACCAACUCGCCCAGGUACGGGAUAGGGAGCUGAAUCCUGCACGCAAAGCGCGUAACAACGACAUUGCGGUCCAGGAGCAGGCGCUCGAUCUCAUCAGGAAUAUGAUUGGGCGACCGCCGAGCACUGCGUAUGCUUAUACGUCUGACGACAUGAGCUCAAUGAUUGAUCACCUCCUCAGGGUGAUUGGGGAAGACCGGUUCUUUGGAGUUUUGAAGGCCAAACUCCGCCCGAGACACAUGCAGCCCUUCUCCCGGCGCAACCCUGGCUCUGGUCGCGAUUCGCGGGUUGUCUAUCCGCAGCCGCAAAUCAUCGCGGCCGUCAUCCACGUGCUCGUCCACAUAGCAGGUAGCGACAAUGAGCAUCGACAACUCGUCAUGUCGCAGAGGGAGCUGCUGCAAGCUGUCAUCCAACAAAGCACCAGGGACAAGCAGGUUCGCCUGGGUAUAUGCCACCUGGCAAUGAACCUGAUGGAGUUUGACGAACGGUCCACAUUCGAGGAGGCCAAGACUCGCGCGUCUGAGUUGAAGGAGUUUGGGUUCACUGGGCGGCUCGAAGAAAUCAGAGGCGAGACGCGGGAUCUGGACAUUAAAGAGCGGUCCAAGGAAGCGCUGACGGCAAUUCAAAUACCUGCGUUUCACGCCUAUUAA